AUGCCGUCUGGACCCUGGAAGAACCUUAGUGCCGACUUUUGUGGCCCGCUUCCCACAGGUGAAUAUUUGUUUGUUGUGAUUGAUGAAUACUCGCGAUUCCCUGUCGUUGAAAUCGUGAAAUCUACUUCAGCCAAUGAAACCAUCCCAAUAGUGGACAAAUUGAUCUCUAUAUUUGGCUUACCAAAAGUCAUAAAAACGGAUAAUGGAAGCCCGUUUAACUCCCAUGCAUUUAAGGAGUUCGCCGAGAACACUGGUUUCCAUCAUCGACGUAUCACUCCAAGAUGGCCGAAAACUAAUUCCCAGGCUGAAUCGUUUAAUAAGCCAAUGAUGAAAGCUGUUCUUGCCGCACGCAUUGAAAGAAGGAACUGGCAGCAAGAGCCAUUCAAAUUCUUUCGCCAGUAUAGAGGAACACCUCACCCAUCGACCGGAUUUGCUCCAUUCUCACUUCUGUUCAAUCGUGAAACUAGGACCAAACUUCCUCAAGUUCCGACAUACAAACCGAAUGCUGUUGACGAGUGUGCCAGACAGAACGAUGAAGUUGCGAAACGGAAGAUGAAACAGAAUGCAACAUUUAACAACUCGCCUAAUGAUAUCCAUUGUGGUGAUGUAGUCCUUAUGAAAAACGAGCAGAAGAACAACAAACUCGCCCCAAAUCUUGAUCCUAAACCUUAUAAUGUCGUGGCCAAGAAGGGAGGUAUGGUGACCGUCUCUUCCACAUCUGGAAUGGAGAAAAACGUUACUCGAAACACAUCAUGCUUCAAGAGAAUUCCUAACACUCUCGCACCUGGUUCCGUGGAACCAGAAGUCGCUGAAGGGGAAGAGCUGAUCCUCGAGCGCAAGGAUGAACAAGUACCAAUCAGUGACUCAAAAUCGAUGCCUAUGCAGAACGCCGCUCCGACUUUGGCACCUGAAACUAUACCGAAAUCGAAACCAACAGUUCAGUUCUCAGACAAACGUACGACUCCUGCCAGCAAUGUAACUGAACCGUACAUUACACGAUCGGGUCGAAUCGUGAGGAAGCCUGCAGUUUUUUGA